ACAAUCGAUAAUUCGAUAGCUCUAUUAAUUUUGUAAACAACGACGUGGUAGUAGAAUAUAAAAUUUAUAAUAAAAUAUGAUAAAAUACGGUCUAUAUCUUAUUGCAGUAUUAGUGCUAAUCAGCUGCCAAAGCAAUGCUGAAUUUACGGCAGCUGAUUGCCGGGAGUUGGGCUUCAUUAAAACACAGUUAAUGUGCUCGAACUGUGAAAAACUCGAUGAUUUUGGAUUGGAAACCUUAAAACCGCAUUGCAAGCAAUGCUGCACUCAAGAUCAGCAACCGGCUGCACAACGCACCUAUGCCAAGGCCAUUCUAGAGGUUUGCACCUGCAAAUUCCGAGCUUAUCCCCAGAUACAGGCAUUCAUACAGAGCGGCCGGCCAGCCAAAUUCCCCAAUUUGCAAAUCAAAUAUGUGCGUGGUCUGGAUCCGAUUGUCAAGCUCCUCGAUGCCAGCGGCAAGGUGCAAGAAACAUUAUCAAUUACCAAAUGGAAUACAGACACCGUUGAGGAGUUCUUUGAGACCCAUUUGGCUAAGGAGGGCAAAGAGGGCAAGAGCUCGUAUAGCGUGGUUGAGGAUGCGGACGAUGAUGACGAAGAUUACCUACGUACCAACAGAAUAUAAAAUGAGUACUGAUAUUGAUAUUGUACCUACUUUCUGCAUUCUUUAUUUAGUAGCCAAUGUAAUAAAGCUAGCCUAGUGUUUAGGAGUCACAGUCGAA